AAUAUUUGCUGUAACAUGUUAUUUUACCAGAAUAAAUUCCUGUUUCUCGAAGCUGUAAAGCAGUGUGCCGUAUUACGAUCAGUGGAUGUUGUGAAUAGCUGCACCUGUAGCAGGAUGUGGGCAUUUAAAUUAAACCAUUUGGCGUUUUUGGUUUUUAUUCUGGGGAAAUACAAUACAGUAGCUCUUCAGGAUGUAACAGCCGAGCUUUUUGGAAUUGCGAAUAAUGGGACGGUGGCGGCGUUUGGUGAUUUGAACUCAGAUAAACAGACGGAUAUCUUCAUCAUCAGAGAACAGACUGAACUCUUGAUAUUCUUGGCUGACUCCACUUCUCCUUACUUCAAACCCAAAGUCAAGAUCACAAAGGAUAUUUUGCCAAAGGGAACAGUCAUCACCAGUGUAGUUCCUGGAGAUUAUGAUGGAGACUCUCAGAUGGAUGUCCUUCUUACAGCUCAGAUCAGCUCCAGCGUGACAACAGUUUUCAUCUUUUGGGGAAACAACCAGACGUUAGAUCUGGGUGAUAGAGUCAUGCUGAGUAAGAACCUUACAGACCAGCCUCUAGUGAUGGAUUUCAAUGGGGACAUGAUCCCGGAUGUUUUUGGUGCCAUCGACGCUUCAUCUACUGAAGUCUGCUUUCUUACGAACAGGAAUCAGGUGUGGCAGAAGGCCUUGAAUUCGUCCGUCCACAUGCGCAUUCCUCAUUCUAACGCUUUCAUCGACCUGAACGGGGACUUUGCUGCUGAUUUGUUCCUGACAACUGAUGGGCCUAUGUUUGAGACUUGGAUCAAUAAGGAUGGAAUCUUCACCAAGACAGAAGUCGUGCCACAUCCAGUGGGGAAGACUGUCGGGCAGUCCUGCUUUGUUGACUUUGAUGGUGAUGGCUAUCAGGACCACCUCCUCCCCGUGUGUUCAGAAGAAUCCUGUAAAACCAGUGCCAUCUACCUGGCCAAGCCGGGCUCAAAACAGUGGGUGUCCAUCCUGUCAGAUUUCAAUCACAAGGAAACUGUUUGGGGAUUUGUACCAGGGAACACCAACCAACCCCUAGUCCUCCACCUUGGAGACUACAACCUUGAUGGCUUCCCUGAUGCCCUGGUGAUCCUGCGCAACACAAGUGGCAGCGAUCAGCGGGCCUUUCUUUUGGAGAACGUCCCCUGUAACACCCCCAGCUGUGCUAGUGUUGGGCGAAUGUUCCACAUCCACUGGGACCAAUCAGAUUUGGGAGCAAUCCAGAAUGCCGUCAUGGCAACUUUCUUUGACAUCUACGAAGAUGGAAUAUUAGACAUGUUCGUCCUGAGCAAAGCAGAGGGCAAGAAGGACUUGGUGAUCCAUGCUUUGAAGAACAAUUUCGAAGCCGAUGCUUAUUUUGUAAAAGUGAUGGUGCUCAGUGGCCUCUGCUCCAACGCCUGUCCUGAAGAUGUCAGGCCUUUUGGUGUGAAUCAACCAGGUCCUUAUGUCAUGUACACCACCGCUGACUCAAAUGGCUACCUGAAAAACGCCUCAGCUGGUCAGUUGAGUCAGUCGGCUCAUUUCUCCCUGCAGCUGCCCUACACUGUGCUGGGCCUCGGACGCAGCGCCAACUUCCUGGAUCACCUUUUCGUUGGGAUUCCCCGGGAGCCCGGAGACACGGAAACGAGGAGGCAGGAGUGGACGGCCAUCAUUCCCAACUCCCAGCUUAUAGUCAUCCCUUUCCCACACAAUAAUCCACGCAGUUGGAGUGCUAAGUUGUACCUUACUCCUAGCAAUAGUGUGCUGUUGACGGCCAUCGCUCUCAUCGGAGUGUGUGUCUUCAUCCUCGUGAUCAUCGGCAUCCUCCACUGGAAAGAGAAGAAAGCAGACGACCGAGAGAAGAGGCAGGAAGCCCACCGUUUCCAUUUCGAUGCCAUGUAAAUGAAAAGAACUGCAUCAUGGGAGAACCUCCUCUGCUCCACCUGCCAAUCAAACACCCUCUCCUGCUCACACGCUUUUUCAUCCAGAUUCUUUUCAGGAGCCAAAAUAUUGGUCCUUAUUUGCCAAAAUAGGAAAAAAGUUUCCUUUUCAAAAGUAUGUUAGACUUUGAGUCAAACUUGAAAUAUUUAAGAUCCAUUUGGUUUAUUUAUCGCAGUGUUAGAAGUACAGGAGCAGCAACGAGGCCUGGAGAGGCAGAGAUGGAUCCUAACGGAGAUCCCUGUGAAGUUUAAAGCAGCCGUUUGUUUGGACUGGCAGCAGUUAACAGCAUGAUCUUUAUUAUUACAAUAAUGUGAUUAAAUUAAAGGGAUUCCUCUUGAAAGGCCCGACGUGUUUCUGAACAUCAUUAAAAUAAUGUUUUUUUUUUUAUUUUAAAGCAUGUAAUGCAUCCGUGUUUAAUCCGCUAAAUCCACACGUGUUUCUGAUUCUGAAACACAGAUGUGUUUGAUUCACUUCUGGCUCCUUCUGUGAGCUCUAACUGAUCUGAGUCGUCUGAUGUUGAUCUGAAGUCUGCAGCUGCUGCAGCAGCUGGUGGAAGAUGGACCAAGGUGGACACCUUCUCUGUGCCGAUGCAGAGCUGCUGCCAGAAACAGAAGACAGAGUUUUCUGGGUGUACGUUUUACUGUGUUCGUAUCAGAGCUCACCAUGGGAGUGUUUAAAUGUGACGAGCUUAACACGCUGCUACAUCAAGUCUCGGUAAUAAAAGUCCUGUUGGUCCUGCUGAAUUCGUUAUGAUUCAGGAGUUGUCUUUUGUUUUGCUUUUUUAACGAUCAGGUCCUCCAUCCUGUUGGGAUUUUAACUUGCAAAUGAAUGUUUAAGCUGCUAAAUGUGUUCACUGGAAGCUGGGAGUAAAAUAAAGGUUUCUUCUGCUCAA